AAUUAAAGAUUAAAAAUCCAACCUUACGUUUUUUGAAAGAUUGGUUACCAUUUUGUGGCAUGGAGUAAUUUAGAAAAAACAAGAAAUAUACAUUUUUGGUCUUCGAUUGAGUUGAAGAAUUUUCUUAACAAUUACGGAGUUUGAAGGGACCGAACAGUUAAUCAAUGUAUCCACACAGACACUUAAAUAAUCUUUAACACAACCUCACAGAGUCAUAUGUUAGAUUUUGGUUAGAGGAGAGAAUCAAACAAGUUAAUUUAAUGGAGAAAAGCCAAAAACCCUAAUAAAUCCCCCAAAAAAUUCAGUCACGACGUGAGACCCAAUUCCUUUUCGUCAAAUCAUCUUUUCCUUUUCAAUUCCCAUUUUCUUAUUCUUCGUUUUCCAUUUUGUGUAUUGUGUGUGUUUCUUACGAAAUGAGAUGAUUCGUAGAAUUUUGUGAUAAUUGAUUAAAUAAAUUAUUCAGCCGACCUCGAGAUCUUUCUCCCUUAGAUCAGAAUUCAUCUUUGGGAGAUUUAUCUGUCUCCCUUCAUGGAAGUGGUUAUGGUGUUAGAUAGGAGAGAUCUUUGUCUCUAUGAGAUCAGGUUAAGGGUUUUUUGAUCUCUUGCGUGAAAAGAAAGAAAAAAAAAAAAAGAAAAGGGAAUUUCCUCUCUAUCUUUUUGCGUUUCUCGUGUAGAUUAUUGUAUAGCAUAAAGUUGUUUGGGAUUUAGAUUGUAGAAAUGGGGAAUGUAUGUGUUCAUAUGGUCAACAAUUGUGUGGAUACGAAAUCAAAUUCAUGGGUUCGUCCCACAGAUCUCAUCAUGGAUCAUCCCUUGAAGCCACAACUCCAAGACAAGCCUCCUCGGCCAAUGCUAAUGUACAAGGAUGAUGAUAAACCCAAGCUUAAUGAAACUCAUGGAGACCCUAAAUUACUUGAAGAGAAGGCAAAACCUGCGCAGAAGCAAACGAGUUGGGAACAAGAAGGAAGGGUGAGUGAAACAACAAGGAAGUGCAGUGAAGAAGAGAAUAAGAAGCGUGCGAUUGCGUGUGGUAACAGCAAAAGAAAAGCUCACAACGUAAGGAGACUGAUGAGUGCAGGGCUUCAAGCAGAGUCAGUAUUGAAGACCAAGACGGGGCAUUUGAAAGAGUAUUAUAACUUGGGAAGCAAGUUAGGUCAUGGACAGUUUGGGACGACGUUCGUGUGUGUUGAGAAAGGAACAGGGGAGGAAUACGCGUGCAAGUCUAUACCGAAGAGGAAGCUAGAGAACGAAGAAGACGUGGAGGAUGUAAGAAGAGAGAUUGAGAUAAUGAAACAUCUCUUGGGGCAACCAAAUGUGAUCUCCAUCAAAGGAGCUUAUGAGGACUCAGUGGCUGUUCACAUGGUGAUGGAGCUGUGUAGAGGAGGUGAGCUGUUUGAUAGAAUAGUGGAGAGAGGGCAUUACUCUGAGAGAAAAGCUGCUCAUUUGGCUAAGGUCAUACUUGGUGUGGUCCAGACUUGUCAUUCUUUAGGUGUGAUGCAUAGAGAUCUUAAACCUGAGAACUUUCUCUUUGUCAACGAUCACGAGGAUUCGCCUCUUAAGGCUAUUGAUUUUGGGUUAUCUAUGUUCGUCAAGCCUGGAGAAAACUUUACGGAUGUGGUUGGAAGUCCCUACUACAUUGCGCCUGAAGUUCUCAACAAGAAUUACGGUCCAGAAGCAGAUAUUUGGAGCGCCGGUGUUGUGAUUUAUGUGCUACUGUCUGGUUCAGCUCCAUUUUGGGGAGGUCAGAUUGUUGUUACUUUGAUCACAAACUAUAUAUGUUUUUGGAGGUGUUCUCAUGUGUGUUUGUUGCUUCAAGCAGAGACGGAAGAAGAAAUCUUCAAUGAGGUUCUGGACGGUGAGCUUGAUUUGUCAUCAGAUCCUUGGCCACAAGUUUCUGAAAGCGCAAAAGAUUUGAUCAGAAAGAUGCUCGAACGAAAUCCCAAACAAAGACUCACUGCUCAACAAGUCUUGUGCCAUCCAUGGAUUAGGGAUGAAGGAACUGCACCAGAUACACCGCUUGACACGACUGUUUUGAGUCGCUUGAAGAAGUUUUCAGCUACAGACAAGCUCAAGAAGAUGGCUUUAAGGGUGAUUGCAGAAAGGCUUUCCGAACAAGAGAUUCACGAGCUUAGAGAAACCUUCAAGAUUAUAGACAGUGAAAAGAGCGGGCGAGUAACUUAUAAAGAACUCAAAAGUGGUCUUGAAAGAUUUAACACAAAUCUUGACGACUCUGACAUCAAUAGUCUUAUGCAAAUGCCAACGGAUGUGCACUUGGAAGACACAGUAGACUACGAGGAAUUCAUAGAGGCGAUUGUAAGACUGAGACAAAUACAAGAAGAGGAACCAAAGGAUCGUUUAGAAUCAUCAACAAAAGUGUAAUGAAGUUGGCGUGAAAGAAGAUAUUGUUGUUGUCUGAAGAAGUGUAAUGAGUACUCAAAACUGAUGAUGACGAAUACUGUAGGAAACUACAAAAACAGCUGCAACAAAUGAAUAUAAGAGAGGAGGCAGAACAAGGAGAAGAUGGACACAAAAAAGGCCACAAGAAAGUAAGUUGAUGGAUAGAGAAAGUCAAAUGAUUUUGAUGUGUAGGUCGUUUUUUUUUGUUUAUCAUGUUUUAGAGCGAAAAAAAAAAAAUGAAAGCUGUGUUUUGUUGUAUAUAGAAGUUGUAGUAGAAAGGAUAAGGAGACACACUUAAACUCAGGUGAUGUUGAUGCUUUCAAAUUUCAA